ACUUCAUAAUGAUGUGAAAGAUAUAUGCACAUGGAGGCGAAAAUUAUAAGAAACAAGGGCACGGGUAGAAGGGAGAAUGGGGGCUGGUGAAGAAAUCCAUUGUAAUGUAGAGAGACAUAGUCAUAGUCAAUGUUUUACCUGCGCGAGGGCAGCGAGAACUUUGUACACACAAAUAAUUGCGGAGAUUUUGAGCAAGCUGAAUGGAUGGUAAUGGGCAGUGUUUGCCAGUUCCAGGAGCAGAAACAUCAGGAGUUUUUUCAUAGCCUUAUGUAUGAAAAAGUUGAAGGAUGUAGCAUUCAGGGAAACUCAGCUACUAGAUCACCUUCACAGAGCAUUUCGGAACCUUGUAUGGGGAUAAAAUCAAUACCAUCAAUGGUAGCACCAGGAGUUCGAAGGAUCACUCAUCUACCAACAAUUGUUUAUAGGCCUAUAGGGCCAUCUGAUUUGGAAGUUCUCAAGGAAAUUCAUCAGGCACUAUUUCCAAUAAGGUAUGAAUCAGAGUUUUUUCUAAAUGUGGUUAAUGGUCGAGGAAUUGUAUCAUGGGCAGCAGUUGACACUAGUAGGCCUGAUGCUCAUGGAGACGAGCUUAUUGGCUUUGUUACUGCACGAGUUGUGGUAGCAUCAGAAAGCGAGGCAGAAGAUAUGCUGGGCUAUGACAUGGUUAAGACAGAUCGAACUCUUGUGUAUAUACUAACUCUUGGUGUUAUAAAACCUUAUAGAAAUCUUGGAAUAGCUUCUGCACUGUUAUGGGAGGUUAUUGAGUAUGCAUCAAGCAUUCCAAGUUGUCGAGCACUUUACUUACAUGUCAUCUCCUACAACCAGUCUGCUAUUCUUUUUUACAAGAAGAACUCCUUUCAGUGUUUACGGAAGCUGCAAAAUUUUUAUUAUAUUAAUGGAUGCCAUUAUGAUGCCUACUUGUACGUGUAUUAUGUAAAUGGUGGGCGAGCUCCUUGUUCAGCACUUGAUUUGUUGGCAGCAGUUGGUGCUUAUUUAAAGAGGCUUUGUCAUUCUCUUCUAGCAAAAUUUUGGAGGAAUGAAGAAAAAGGCACAAAAUAUCCCAAAUGUAAAGAAGUUGGUGGAUUAUUAAGCUCAAGUCGCCGGCUUCAUGUCUGUGACAGUAAUGGAUGCCAAUGUGUCUAAACUGUAUAAUGGCUUGUCAAGAUUAAAUGUUGAAUAUGUUCUUCCGUGUGUUUAAUUUAUAACGUGAAAGUAACCUCAUCCCAUUGGACAGGAAAUUUUCAGCAUCGGCUAGUAUCUUACUUCAGGCAAUUGCUGUGGGGCGAACAUUGUGGUUCGUGUACAUGCACACAUGCACGAUCAUUAAAGACUUUAGUCUCUGUGAGAUUUAUAGUGCCAUUAUUUUAUAAUAAUUAAUAUAUAUAUAUAUAAUCCACACUUUUUGUUUUGUAUUUGUCCAUAACUUAUUGUUGUAAACAUUUGUAAUAAUUUAUAUAGGCCAUUGCAGCACAAUAUCAAUUUAUC